CUGGUCCCUCCCGACCCGGUACAGCUGCUUCCGGGCUCGCACGGCUCCCGGAGGCCGCUCCCCGGACGCUGGGCCCCACUGCUACUCGCUGCGCGAGCACCCAGACGCCUGGGUCCCCAGGUAGGCCUGCACUGUGUCUUGCGUCUGCGAUCUCCAAGGACGUCUCUGUUCUGACCUUGCGGAGGCCGCGUCUCAGCUGCGCCCUCGCGGGACUUUAGGGCCACUUUUUGGAACGAUAGCUUCCGAAGUUAAGGGAUGCACGUAACUGACUGGAGUUCGCUGGACACUUCCAUCCCGUCUUCCUCUCAACAGAGACUUCCUGUUCCUUGAUCUCCCUUGGGCAGCGAUUUUAAGGUUCCUCAGUUUCAGGACGGAAGGACCCUGGGCCACCACCUUCUUUUCUUCAAUGGAACACCACCUCUCCCCUUUCUGGGGCACCUUGGGAUGUGGUCUUGACUGACACGGAAGCAGGCCAUUUACCACACUUGGGGCUGUGUGAGUCCUUUCUGAAUUCAGAGUAGGACGACAUCACCAAGCAGACACCUCUUCUGAACCGGAACUGAUUCUGGCUUCUGAGGAGAUCCUGAGAGUCUUAAGCAGAGUCAGGAAGUGGUCACAGCUUUGAGCAGCUCAUUGCACAGCUCAGUCAUGUUCCUUCGACGGCUUGGUGGCUGGCUACCUCGACCCUGGGGUCGAAAGAAAUCAACAAAGGCUGAUUUGCCUGCCCCAGAACCCAGAUGGGUGGACAGCUCCCCGGAGAAUUCAGGGAGCGACUGGGACAGUGCUCCAGAGACCAUGGGAGAUGUGGGGCCCCUUAAGACCAAGGAUUCAGGAACACGGAGGCCCCCCGGGGCUGCUCCAGAGUCUAGCAGGGACCUCAAAGUGAAUCAACUGGGGAGCAAAAGAAUGGAUUCCCUCAAGCGGGACAAGACUGCCUCUACCAUUCAAGAGGCUGCAAGAGUGGAGACUGGAGGAGCCAUUCCCAAACUAGACUGGGACCCUGUGGAUUCAGGUGGUGUGAAGAACCUUGGAGUGUCCGCUAAAGGGAGACUAGGUACCACUGGGCCAGAAGCCCUGUUGGAGAAACCUGGUCGCCGUCAGAAGCUGCUGCGCUGGCUACGGGGGGAUCCAGGGGCUCCUUCACAUUACCUGCAGGACCCAGAGGAGUACCUGCAGAUCUCUACCAACUUGACCCUGCACCUGCUGGAGCUGCUUGCUUCAGCCCUGCUGGCUCUGUGUUCCAGGCCGCUCCGAGCCAUCUUGGAUGCUUUGGGCCUUCGAGGACCUGUGGGCCUCUGGCUCCACGGGCUGCUAUGUUUCCUGGCCGCCCUACACGGGCUCCACGCUGUGCUGAGCCUACUUACUGCUCACCCCCUGCAUUUCGCCUGCCUCUUUGGCCUGUUGCAGGCCCUGGUGCUGGCUGUCAGCCUCCGGGAACCUGUUGAGGAUGAGGAGACCGCUGACUGGGAGAGCGAGGGGCAGGAGAGGGAGGCCAAGGAGCAGAGGGAAGGUCCAGGAAGGGUGUUGUGACUGGGAGAGGGUGGGAGCAAAGGGUAAAGAUAGUGGGGUGGCCUUUAGGAAGGUGGGGAAACCCAGAUUGUAAGCACAGAGACCUCAGGGAUGGGGAGGAAACUCAGGCACAGGAGUUCCUGUCAUACUAGGCCAGACAGGGAUGGCUAGGGUGGCCAGUCAUGGACAGUGGGGCAUUGCCAUUGAAGUCACCAGCUGUUGUUAUUUCUUGCUUUUACAUUUACCCACCAUUUUUUUUUUUAAAUUUCCACCUCCACUUUUUAAAAGCAAAAUAAAAUAAAAGCAACCGUGGAGAAUGGACACCAUAGGGCCCUUUCCAAGCGCAGGGGUGGACGGGGCCAGAGGCAGGACAGAGAUCUCUGCAUUAAGAGGUGAUGGGGAGACCCGUGGUGUCCCUUGGAUCCUAGGACUAGAACCGUCUAGAGGAGAGUGAGGCUGUGAGGGAGAAGAAGGGGUUUCAGGUGCUGUGGUUCCUGCAGGGAGGGUCUGCAGGUUGGUGGGAGCCCGAAGAAACAGGACUGCUGUGGGCUGGAUUGGCAUGAGGACCAGCACAGAAGAGCUGGCAGCUCUGAUGGGCAGUGGGGGAAGCACCGUGCCUGCCUCUCCACUCAGGCCUUGCUCACUCAGCAAUAAAUGUGCCACACUACGUCCUAAAUACACCAGUCCA